AUGGGUGCCUGGCCAGGUCUGUCAGGGCAUUCAAUUUUCCCCACUUUUCCCGACCUUCCUCUUCCUGGUCGGGAACUGCGGAUAACUCUCGCCCGCCGAAUCCCCAUGCGGGCCCCACCUCUUCCUCUCUUUUGGGCUUUACUUUCCUCCUUGGGCUUCUCCUUCGCAUAUGGGCUGGUUAAGCGAUUCCUGGACCGUUUUAGUGGGCUAACGUAUUUGGGCUUCAUUCCGGUUUUCGUAAUGGACUUGUCGACUUUCAUUGGAGGAUAUGUAAUGGCAUUCUUUCUUCUAUGGAAGCUAACAAUUGUGGGAUUCCCGUUCGUCGUGUUCCUCGUUAUACCAGGUUUGGUUUACGGAAGAACGCUUAUGACUGUCGGAAGAAAACUUAGGGACGAGUAUACGAAAGCCGGUGCGAUAGUGGAACAGGCGGUUUCUUCCGUCCGAACGGUAUAUUCUUUUGUCGGCGAGGAUAAGACUAUAUCCGACUAUUCAUUAGCGCUUGAAGCUACUGUAAAACUAGGAUUAAGACAAGGAUUAGCCAAAGGAUUAGCAAUUGGUAGCACAGGUGUGAUUUUUUCGAUAUGGGCUUUUGUUUCUUAUUACGGCAGCAGAUUGGUUAUGUAUCACGGUGCUCACGGUGGCACCGUUUUUGCUGUUGGUGCUGCUAUCAUCGUCGGUGGACUGGCGUUUGGUUCGAGUUUGUCGAAUAUAAAGAAUUUUUCGGAAGCGAGUGCAGCGGGAGAAAGAAUAAUGGAGGUCAUAAAACGGGUUCCGAAAAUCGAUUCAGACAGCGUAGAAGGCCAAAUAUUACAACAUGUGUCAGGAGAGGUUGAAUUAAGACAAGUCGAAUUUGCCUAUCCGUCAAGGCCUAAAAGCAUGAUUUUCGAAGAGUUGAACCUAAGAAUCCCGGCUGGAAAAACGGUGGCAUUGGUUGGGGGAAGUGGAUCGGGAAAAUCAACGGUGAUUGCUCUAUUGCAGAGAUUUUACGAUCCGGUCGGUGGCAAAAUUCUUCUCGACGGAGUGGCUAUUGAUAAAUUGCAGCUCAAGUGGCUGAGGUCUCAAAUGGGAUUGGUUAGUCAAGAACCGGCGCUAUUUGCAACCUCGAUUAAAGAGAAUAUUCUUUUCGGCAAAGAAGAUGCUUCGACGGACGAGGUUAUAGAAGCUUCUAGAGCUGCUAAUGCUCAUAAUUUCAUUACACAGCUGCCUCGAGGCUACGACACUCAAGUGGGUGAAAGAGGGGUGCAAUUAUCGGGGGGCCAAAAGCAGAGAAUAGCAAUAGCAAGGGCCGUAAUAAAAAACCCGAAAAUACUCCUUCUCGACGAAGCCACAAGUGCGCUCGACUCGGGCUCGGAGCGAAUAGUACAAGAAGCUCUGGACAAAGCGGCGGUGGGCCGCACCACGAUAAUCAUAGCUCACCGUCUCUCGACAGUCCGAAACGCCGACAUCAUCACCGUGCUUCAAAACGGCCAAGUUCAAGAAACUGGCUCGCACGACCAGCUCGCGGCUAACGAAAACGGCUCGUACGCUUCGCUUAUCCGCCUCCAACAGCAGAACUACAUAGCCGAAGAAGAAUCCGUUUCGUCUGAUCUUGAUAGAAUAGAAAACGAUGUUCGCAGCACGAGUAGUCGAAGGGUGUCUGUAAUUAUGAGCCGAUCCAGCUCGGCUAGAUCAGCCGAGCCGAGCCGGAUCACGGAGCCGAUUAAAGUAUUUCCAGCUCCUUCUUUUCGAAGAUUGCUAGCCAUGAAUUCGCCAGAGUGGAGGCAAGCGACACUCGGAUGCGCAAGCGCACUACUCUUCGGUGCGGUUCAGCCCGUUUAUUCUUUCGCAUUGGGGUCAAUAAUCUUCACCUAUUUCUUGACCGACCACGACGAAAUCAAACGGGAGAUACGAAACUAUUCGCUGUGUUUUCUUGCUCUAGCUGCAUUCUCACUGCUGGUCAAUAUCUGCCAGCACUACAAUUUCGCCGCCAUGGGAGAAUCCUUGACGAAGAGAAUCCGAGAGAAGAUGCUGUCCAAAAUUCUCACUUUUGAAAUCGGAUGGUUCGAUCAAGACGAGAAUUCCACCGGCGCAAUUUGCUCUCGGCUAGCCAAAGACGCCACCGUGGUGAGAUCUUUGGUAGGAGAUAGAAUGGCACUGCUGAUUCAGACAUUCUCUGCGGUGACAAUAGCUUGUACGAUGGGCCUCGUUAUCGCAUGGAAGCUUGCGUUGGUGAUGAUAUCGGUACAGCCUCUGAUUAUAGUAUGCUUCUACUGCAAGAAAGCCGUGCUCAAAAGUAUGUCGCAUAAGGCCAUUAAAGCGCAGGAAGAAAGCAGCAAGCUUGCCGCAGAAGCCGUCUCGAAUCUCAGAACGAUUACGGCUUUCUCUUCGCAGGCUCGUAUUCUUCGAAUGCUCGAAAGCGCACAAGAAGGCCCCGUACGAGAAAGUCUGCGGCAAUCGUGGUUUGCCGGUCUUGUUCUCGGUACUUCUCAGAGUAUGACGACGUGCACUUGGGCUUUCGAUUUUUGGUACGGCGGGAAACUGAUGGCGGAGGGGUAUAUCGGGGCGAAGGCUUUGUUCCAGACGUUUAUGAUCUUGGUUAGUACGGGUCGGGUCAUAGCCGAAGCCGGGAACAUGACGGGUGAUCUCGUUAAGGGUGCGAACGCCGUCGGAUCGGUGUUUUCGGUUUUGGAUCGACAAUCGUUGAUCGAUCCCGACGAAACAAACGGGUGCAAACCCGAGAGGCUAACGGGUCGGAUCGAGAUAUCGGACGUUGAUUUCGCAUACCCGACGAGGCCGGAAGUGAUGGUGUUUCUCGGGUUUUCGAUUAAAAUCGAGGCGGGAAAAUCGACGGCGUUGGUUGGACAGAGUGGUUCGGGGAAAUCGACGAUUAUCGGACUGAUCCAACGGUUCUACGACCCGGUUCGAGGUUCCGUUAGAAUAGACGGCCGGGAUAUAAAGACGUAUAACCUGAGAUCACUGAGAAAGCACAUCGCGCUGGUUAGCCAGGAGCCGGCGUUAUUCGCCGGGACAGUACGGCAGAACAUAUCGUACGGAUGCGGCGGCGGCGUCGGCGAAUCGGAGGUGAUCGAGGCGGCGAAGGCGGCGAACGCGCACGAGUUCAUCGCCGGUUUGGCGGAGGGUUACGACACGUUCUGCGGGGACAGGGGAGUGCAGCUGUCGGGCGGGCAGAAGCAGAGGAUCGCCAUCGCGCGUGCGGUGCUGAAACGGCCGGCGGUUUUGUUGCUGGACGAGGCGACCAGCGCGUUGGACGGCCGGUCGGAGAAGGUGGUGCAGGACGCGCUUGAGAGGGUGGUGGUCGGAAGGACGAGCGUGGUGGUGGCGCACAGGCUGAGCACGGUGAAGAAGUGCGAUACGAUUGCUGUGUUGGAUGAGAAGAAGGUGGUGGAGAUGGGGAAUCACUCUUCGUUGUUGGCUAUAGGGCCGACGGGGGCGUAUUAUUCUCUGGUCAGCCUUCAGACAUCGGAGAAUCUCCGACCACGUCUGGAUUAG